AUGGCUACUCGACAGUGCACCAUAGAGUUUGAGAAUCCCUCCAAGUAUACACUGUUAAACCCACGGUGAGUUUGGACUUUACAUCCACUUGAUUUAGGAGGUACCAACAGGCUUUAAUUUCACCCCUCUUGCCAGUUUUAAUGCUGAGCUAGUCUCGGCAGAAGUCUUGAAUGUCUAUAUGACCUGUCCACUCUGAUUAUUCUUUGUGUCUCCAGUUACUACAUGUACAGUGGAUUCUGCCAGAAUCCUCUGCCACCAGAACUGGACCCAUCUGAGAAUGGCCGCAGUCUGUUCCAAAAGACUCCAAACACAAUGUGGGGAUGUGUUGGAGUCCUGACCUACGAUCUGAGGAACAACUCCACCAGUGAAUGUGAUGGACGGAUGGCUGUCAUGUUCUCAAAUCCGUACGAUUUCAUUUCUUUCUCAAACUGGUUUGCAGUGGGAGUGUUUGGCAUGAACACACACUGUGAUUACAGCCUUUAUAAGAAGAUGUAUUAUGGACAACAGGAAGGGUUUGUACGAGGGAAAGCAAAAGAUUACAAUCUUACUUACAAAAGUGAGGCGGUGACUAUCAGAGCCACCAUGUCAGACAGCUACAAACCUGUCAUCAAGGUGAAGGUGAGCGAUGACUAA